UGUUGUACUGUGAGUUUUCAAAAAUAAAAGCAGGAGUGACUUAUACUGGCAGGAAGCUGUAACUCCUAAAGCUUUUCAAAGAUCUGUGAAGUCAAAAAGAACUUCUUCCUUCUCCUCAUCUGUUGUUUCAUUUGACUUUAACGAUACUCACUUCUCCAAACAUUGAAGGCCUUGAGAUUACGCAGAAAGAUGUUUCCUGACAAAUUAGGAUGACAUCCGGACUUACAUCACAAAGAAGUGAUAAAAAUUUCUUGAAAAGAGAUCUCAGAAUGAAUUGCUCCACUUUUCCCUCUCUUGUGCUGGCACUGGUUCUACUUCGAUUUUGUUCUCCAACCACACAGAACUUCAGUGCUCAAAACACAGAUCAAUCUUACACAACAAUUCAAAGAGUGAAGCGUGACUGGAUAUGGGAGCCACUUUUUGUAACUGAGGAAGAGACCUCAACGAUGCCUAUGUAUGUUGGACAGCUGAAAUCAGAUUUAGACAAGGAGGAUGGCAGCCUACAAUAUAUUUUGUCUGGGGAGGGAGCUGACAGCAUUUUUUUCAUCAAUGAACAUGGCAAAAUUUAUGUGAGACAAAAGCUGGAUAGAGAAAAGAAAUCCUUCUACAUUCUUAGAGCACAAGUAAUCGAUAGGAAAACUCAUCUUCCUAUUGAACCCGAUUCAGAAUUUAUUAUCAAAGUUCGAGAUAUCAAUGAUCAUGAACCACAAUUCUUAGAUGGACCUUAUGUGGCUACUGUUCCAGAGAUGUCACCUGAAGGUACUUCUGUUACACAGGUAACAGCUACAGAUGGUGAUGAUCCUUCUUAUGGGAAUAAUGCCCGGCUUCUUUACAGUCUCAUUCAGGGUCAGCCUUAUUUCUCUGUGGAGCCAAAGACAGGAGUCAUCAGAAUGGCUUCCCAAAUGGACAGAGAAACAAAAGAUCAGUAUUUGGUUGUCAUCCAGGCCAAAGAUAUGGUUGGACAAGCAGGAGCAUUUUCAACAACGGCCACUGUUACCAUCAACCUCUCUGACGUCAAUGAUAAUCCACCCAAAUUUCAGCAGAGACUCUACUAUUUGAACGUCUCUGAGGAAGCUCCUGUGGGCACUACUGUAGGCAGACUCCUGGCAGAAGACAGCGACAUAGGGGAGAAUGCAGCCAUGAACUAUUUCAUUGAGGAAGACAGUUCAGAUGUUUUUGGCAUCAUUACUGACAGGGAAACUCAGGAAGGAAUUAUCUUACUAAAAAAGAGAGUGGAUUAUGAGAGCAAGAGGAAACAUAGUGUUAGAGUAAAAGCUGUAAACAGGUACAUUGAUGACCAUUUCCUGAAAGAAGGACCAUUUGAAGACAUAACUAUUGUACAAAUCAGUGUGGUAGAUGCUGAUGAACCUCCAGUUUUCACUUCGGAGAGCUAUGUGAUGGAGAUUGCUGAAGGAGCUGUAAGUGGCUCAUUGGUAGGAACUGUAUCUGCAAGAGAUCUGGACAAUGAUGACAGCCCAGUCAGGUAUUCUAUUGUCCAAGGCAUGCAUUUAAAGAGAUUGUUCAGCAUCAAUGAACACAAUGGAACAAUCAUUACAACUGAACCUCUGGACCGAGAGAAAACUUCUUGGCACAACAUAACUGUUACAGCCACAGAAACUAGAAAUCCUGAAAAAAUUUCAGAAGCAAAUGUAUAUAUCCAAGUUCUUGAUGUAAAUGACCAUGCACCAGAAUUUCCUAAAUAUUAUGAAACAUUUGUUUGUGAAAAUGCAGUACCAGGUCAGCUAAUUCAGAGCAUCAGUGCAGUGGACAAAGAUGACUCAGCAGAAAGUCACCAAUUUUACUUCUCGUUGGCUCAGGAGGCCACAAACAACUCGCGUUUUACUGUCAAAGAUAAUCAAGAUAACACAGCUGGAAUUUUCACAGCAGUAAGUGGCUUCAGUAGACAAGAGCAGUUUUAUUUCUUCUUGCCAAUCUUAAUUCUGGAUAAUGGAUCUCCACCACUUACAAGCACAAAUACACUCACUGUCACUGUCUGUGACUGUGAUACUGAAGUGAACACCUUAUACUGUCGUUAUGGAGCUUUCCUGUAUUCCAUAGGCCUCAGCACAGAAGCUUUAGUUGCUGUUUUGGCUUGCCUACUAAUACUCCUGGUGUUCUUUUCAGCGAUUAUAGGCAUAAGACAGCAGAGGAAGAAGACUCUCUUUCCAGAGAAAGUGGAAGAAUUCAGAGAGAACAUUGUCAGGUAUGAUGAUGAAGGAGGUGGUGAGGAGGACACAGAAGCUUUUGACAUUUCAGCACUGAGGACACGCACUGUCUUGAGAACACACAAACCUCGAAAGAAAAUCACCACAGAAAUCCACAGUCUCUACAGACAGUCUCUGCAGGUUGGUCCUGAUAGUGCUAUUUUCAGGCAAUUCAUUUCAGAAAAGCUUGAAGAAGCCAAUACAGACCCUAGUGCUCCUCCAUAUGACUCACUUCAGACAUAUGCAUUUGAGGGCACUGGCUCUUUAGCAGGAUCUCUCAGCUCCUUAGGCUCAAAUAUGUCAGAUGCAGAUCAAAAUUAUGAAUACCUUGUAGGCUGGGGACCUCACUUUAAACAGCUUGCAGGCAUGUAUGCUUCCCAAAGGAGUACUAGAGAUUAGUUAUUGUUUGAUCACUUGUUUUUUUUCCAUAAGUUCUCAGCAACCAAAAUCAACUCAGUUUUUAAAAAGGAGGUCAUACCACAUUCAAGCACAAAAAUAAAGAUCGAAAUCUUGGAUGUGGUGAUUUUCUGAAAAAUCAUACCUAUCAUUAUUUGAGAGGAUGGGCAUUCUCCAUUUGAAAAAGAAAAAAAAAAAAGAAAAGAAAAAAGAAAAAAAAAAAAAAAGAGUAAACUAAGAUUGUGCUGCUUUGGAUAUCAAGAUCCCCAUACUGGGCACAGAAAACCUGGGUCUUGCAAGUACGGAAGAAGGAAUAUAAGCCAUAAAUUGUUAUUGUAAAUAUUCUGUCAUCCACAAGCUUUAAACUAUUUCCAAAGUUGACUUUCGCUCUCACUGUUGAAUAUAUUCAUAAAACAAAGUUAAAUAUUCAUAUUUGUAUAAUGCUUCAUUAUAUAAAAACACUUGUGUGACAAAGUAGAAUACAAUUGUCAGAAGUACUUAAUAAUCUAUUUAUUGUUUGUAAGAUGAUAAAACUAAAAUAAAUCUUCUUUCCUAUAAACGUAAAAAUAAAUACCUGUUACAACACCAGCAUACUAAUAUCUAUAAUGGAGCUAUUGGGAAAUACAUAAAACUAAUACUUAUUUUAGCAAAUAAGAUAGGAAAAAAAAAGAAAUUAAUUCAAGUUAGAAUCAAUAUUCAACAUAAAUACUGUAGUCCACCAUGUUAUAUUACUGUACUUAUAACAAAAUAUUAUCAAAGCAUAAGUAUUUAUCUUUAAGAGUUUAAAUAUGACUGUUAUACCAGCAUAGAGCUAUUUUUAUUUUUUUUUUAUUAUGGAAUGCAAUAUUAUCAGAAGUAAUCAAUUUUACCAUAACACUAUCAUGGAUCUUUAAAUUACUAAGCUGAUGGUUAUAAAACUUUGUGUAUAACAUUGGAUAAUAGGAUAGAAAAAUGUUCUAAUGUUGAUUCAUUUCUUCUGAAAAUGAUCCUGUAUCAUUCUAUUAGACUCAAAUAAAACUUCAAAAUUAAUCUCCCACUGUGUUUUUUGCAAAUAGUCUACAGUCAAUACAAAGAUAUCUCAGACGAUUUCUAUGCUUUUACAUAUAUAGCUACUCAGCAGCAGUUUUGGAUCUAAGCGUCAUCAAAUAAUCAAAUAUAAUCAAAACGUUCUGUCUGGAAAAAGGGACCCACUUGUUUUUUAUUUAUUUCUCUUCCAUUAGUUGCUUACUUUACAGAUUUUCAAUCAAUGUUUUCCUUCUUGCUCAGGUUGGAAAAGACCUUAAAGAUCAUUAAGUCCAACAAUAACCUAACCAUACUACCCUAAUUCUAGCAACCCUCUGCUAAAUCAUGUCCCUGAGCACCACAUCCAAAUGGUUUUUAAACACAUUCAGGGAUGGUGACUUAGUCACCUUCCUAGGGAGUCUAUUCCAGUGCUUAACAGUCCUUUCUGUAAAGACAUUUUUCCUGACGUCCAACCUAAACCUACUGCUGUAUUGAUGAUUCUAAUACUUGUGUUCAGCUCUCAAGUUGCAAUUUUGAGUGUGUUCUUUUUUAUAUAUAUAUGCAUAUAAUAUUGUGCAUAUUAAUUAUUUGAUCCAAGCAGCAAAGAGAAAGAGAGUGCCCUUAUUGUUUGGAGAUAGUGAGAUCUACGGUUUUAGUAUUAGGUUUAUAGAUUUACACAGAUUUUACCCUAAAAAAUCCACAGAUAGCCACAUUGGCCUUACUAGAAUUCCUCAUACUUUCAUGUUGUAUUUAGUACAAAUAGGAUAAAAAUGCCUGAUCCUUUCUCAAUCGAAAUAGUUUCUCUGUUUAGAUGAGGAAGUAACUUUGAAUACCUAAUCAUGUUUUGCCUGACAUUAUGAUUUCUUCUGUUGACUGUAAUGAACUGUAAUGAUAGAUAAUUUUUGUAAACAGUGUAUACUGUUGUCAAAUCCAGAGAGUUCUUUAUGAAAGACAAGGAUGACCUACAGUAGCUCUCAAAUAAUUUUUUUUACCCAUUAUCCAACAAAGUCCUAAAAUCACAUCUGUACAACAGGGAAACGGUGUUUAUCUCUGAAGUAAGAAAAUAUUCUUAGUUGUUACUGGGCCGCAUCUUGUUAGGUUCCUGAUAUUCUAAGUCAAACCUGUUGAUUUCUUUCCACUUGUGAGAAAUGAAUCAUUGGAUUGACUAUGUAACUUCAUAUUCCAUUUGAUAAUUUGUACUUAAUUUAGCUGAAAAAAAAAAGAUCUGCAGAAAAGUUUUAUAGAAGUAUCUGAUUACCUAAGGGAAAUGAAAAAUUUGAGAGAUUCCAACAAUUACUAGUAUGAAAUUAAUAAAGGAGAAGUUAUAAACUGGAGUAUUUGAUGAGAUCUGGCAAACUGUGUAAUGAUGUUCUUAAGGGAAUCUUCCAUUACCUUUUAAAAUUCACUAGUAACUAAGAUUAGCCAUGCUGUGGGCUGAAGAGUGAAAAUGUAGUAACAAAAGAUAAAUAUAUAUUCAGUGUUUUUGACCUGCCCGAGUGACUAUAAAGAAGUGUUAUCUAAGUGUUAUCUGGUCAAAGGAGAAGAUCAUGUCUUCUGUACAAAUACUCUGGAGAAAUUUUCUGUGUGUUUGUUUGUUUAUUUGUUUUUGUUUUUGUUUUGUAUUCUGUAACAGGUUAAGAACUGGUGAAAUACAUGACUAAAGAUAAUUUUCCUUUUUUUCAGUCCUCAUUCAGAAGAAUUUAAUUACGUGUUAUUAGUUUUAUUAUUUAAAGGAAAUGAAAUCUAUGCAUACUUUAAUAAAUAAUGUUCAACUCUUUGAAGGUAAGAAAAAAAAAAUUGCUUGAUAUCAUAUUGCAGUUUCAUACUUAUUAUUGUGACUGUAGAGGGAGGGGUUUGUUUAUUGGUUCAUCCAAAAUAAAAUGGCUUCAUUUAAUUUUCUUUUUUUUUUAUCAGGAUGGAGGGGUUUUUUUAACUAUAACAUUGAAAUCUCUCCUGAUUGCUACACAAGACAAUCUCAGUCUUUAGUUCUCGUAAUUUUUUUUAUAGUGUUUUCUCACAGACACUGUCAUUACAUUUCUUGCUUUGCUUUGAAAAUUAACAUUGGAAUUGUGGUUAACACUCAUUCUUAACUUUAGGGGGCAAGGGAGUAGCCCUGUCUGAUGAGAGUAAAAUAUUUUUGAUAAGAGAGUGUGAAUUUUAUGUUUGAAGUCAGAUAUAAUAUAUGCUCUCUUAGGAGCAGAAGUUGGAGAUUAUGUGAUUAUACAUGUUGGCAAAGGAUAAAUUUAUCCUUGAUCCAGAAUAUAAACAAACAUAAAAGAAAUUAUAAAAGAAUGUCAGUAGCUACUUACAAUGAUUUCUCUACCAGAAAUUUAUGAAGUAAAAUAAAAUAGGUAAAUAUUUUGAAAAAGUUGAUGCAUUUUGUAACAGUAACUUUACUCUGAAAAAAAUAUAUCUUCAUAUAUGUUUUUAAAUCAGCCCUAUGUCUCAUACAGAGUCUAAAGGACAGUAAGCUACAGAUAGGAUACAAUAUAUGUAAAGACAGAUUACUUAGAUAAGUAUGAAACACUUUACCCAAGGCAGAUGGAUUGCAACAAUGGGCAAAAAUAUGCAUGAGACUCAAGAAAUGGCACUGAAAGCAAAUAUUAACAAAUAUGGUUGGGAACCAGCACAACUUCACAAAUCUCUACAACAGCAGAGACCGGAACAGGGUAUCAAUGUCUAAUAGUGCCCAGACAGAUUAAUUGUGAUUUAGAAUGUGUUUUAAUAACAUUGAAGUUUACAGUUUGAUUAGCAUUCCAUAUGUAGGGAUUCAAGUAACAUUGGUUUAUAGAGAAACAAUAUUUACACACAUAUACCUGACAAAAAAAAAAAAAAGAUUAAAACAUAGAAGUAUGUAAAUCUAUGCACAGAUAUAUGAUGUACCACUUCUGACAUUGUUAUGAGUAAAUUCAUUUCUGCCAUUAUAAAUUCCACAGCAAAUUAUUGAUUUCACAAAGGAUAUCAUAAACAGUUUUGGUAGCCUGUGAGCUGCAGUACUGAUUCUGUAUGUUAGCCUUACAAAUGUCAUAGAAAAAACACAUAUAAUGAGGAUGCCUGAGAUAAAGGCAAGAACUAGAUGGUUUUGAAGAAUGAAGAAUAGAAAAUAGUUACAAAUAGAUGGCACAAAAUACUUGAUCAUCUACUGUAGUAAUAGCUAUUAAAAAAUAUCAGUUUUAUCCCGGGCAUUUAUCUGGAUUAAUUAAGCAAGACAAAGGAUAUCUUAGCUCCUAAACUUACAGUGAACAGCCUAAAAGAUGCAAAUUAAAAAAUAUAUAAAAUAUAAAAUAUAAAAUAUAUACCAAAGCUGUAAUAAAAAAUAAAAUAGGCAAAAGAAAGUGCAGACCAUGAAAUUAUAUUAAGAUUGAUUAUCUAAUGUUUCAAGUAUUUGACAUUUAAUUCUUGUCUUUUGUCUGAGUGACCAAUUACACUAAUAUUACCCUGACACAGAAACAGAUAACCAAAGUAGCUCUAAUAUUAGUUAUUGUUAAAGAGUUUCCAGAGGAU